AUGGAAGCGCAAUCAUUUGGGGAAAUGUGCCAACUAAUCCAGAUCAGAUAUUAUCCAGACCAACUACAGUACAAACAGCAUUUUUUUGCAACAACUGAAACUAACAGUCAGAGAAUGAAAACCAAUGUUGAAUAUGGAAGAACGGACAAGAAAUACAAUGCACAACAAAACACUAAAAAAGUAAAAGAUAAUUCAUUACCAUACUGUGAAAUUUGCAGGAAGAAUAACCAUAGAGCUGACAAUUGCUAUUUCAGAAAUUACAACAAACCUCCAACCCGCAAUACCCAUACAACUCGAAAAUUACCAAUGCAGUAUAAGCCAGCGAAUAAAUUUUUUUUUGCAGAGAUUCAACAGGGCAAUUGUAAACUAGAAUUGUUCACAGCAUUUGUCAACCAGCGUAAAUGUACUACACUAAGAGACUCAGGUACAACCACUUUAUUAGUACAUCAAGAUUGUGUAGAGCCACAUUCAUAUACUGGAGAGUAUGAAAACAUUAAAGAUUACAAAGCAUUAGUAUUAGAUCAGCCUCUGAACGGCAUUGGCUUGGUUAUUGGAAACAUCACUGAUGUCAAAAAUUGUACAAGAUCUGAUGUCAUACAGUGGCAGAAUAACCAUGAAGUAAACAGGUCCAUGGCGACUACCAGAGCACAGAGUAGAAGAGAAAAGGAUCUGAAAAACUAG